UACUACGUAAAUAUCGCAACAAAACAAAUUUUUUUAGACGAUACAUGUCAUAUUUUUGGUAGAGCUCCUAAUUUCAGCUGAUAAUCCACAAGGUGCAAGAUUGUAUACGUGCGGCAUAUGGCGAGUACAAAGGCUCAGGAAAAGGAAAAGGAAAAGGAAAAGGCACCAGAAACUGGUGCCGCCACGCCUAAGCUUAAGAAGAUCAGGCCUAGGAAUUAUGACCUCGGUAAUGGAGUGUACAGGUUCAGUCGUACACGAAUGUUCCAUAAAAAGGCAAUUUAUAAGUUUCUUGGAAAACAAACCCCAAAAACUCCAAAACCCAAAAAACCUGUAUCUGUUGAGAAACAGAUUAGGGGGGAAAAGAAUGGAGGAAAACGUAUAGUUUUACUAAAGAAAAGAAGAGCCAAUUACCCUACUGCAGAUCCAGUAACUGUUCAUCAUGCUAAGAAAUGUUUCCGAGAUCAUCGUCGGUAUUUAAGAUCAUCUUUAAAACCUGGAACAAUCUGUAUUCUUUUAGCUGGUCAACACAAAGGAAAGCGUGUUGUCUUCUUGAAGCAACUUAAGAGUGGUCUGUUGUUAGUAACUGGUCCUUUCCUGAUUAAUGCUUGUCCUUUAAGAAGGGUGAGCCAAAACUAUGUAAUCGCCACUUCUACAAAAAUUGAUCUUACUGGCUUUAAGCUUCCUGAACAGAUCAAUGAUGAUUAUUUUAAAAGGAAACGUGAUAAGCGUGCUAAAAAGGAGGAAGGAGAUAUUUUUGCUAAGAAGAAAGAGGAAUACAAACCAAGCGAUGAACGGAAAGCUGAUCAGAAGACAGUGGAUAAACUUGUCAUCGCUGCGAUUAAGAAACAUCCAGAUAAGAAAUUACUUUUCACAUACUUGUCAGCAAUGUUUGGUUUACGCAGCAGCCAAUACCCGCAUAGGUUGAAAUUCUAAGCGGUUCUACAUAUUUCCAUCGUUUCAUGUCUAUUCAUGGUGGAGAAAUAAAGAUUGAGAAAGCUAA